AUGUCGCCCUUCACUAAAAGAGUCGCUGAAAGAGGGUUCCGCCCGCGCAUUGACCACCUAAAAAUAAACAAUAAUAAUAACAUAUACUUUAAACACAAUAUUCGCGCGGGCGUACAUAACAAAUAUCACGACAUUGUUAGGCAGUUAAUCGUUGCCGAUGUCAUUGAACCAGCUGACGAGGAUCAAAUAUGCUCACCCUUAUUCGUGAUCCCAAAAGGGAAUGGUGCACCUCGGGUCAUUAGCGACUUCUCCGAAGUAUCCAAAAACUUCCUGCACUAUCCCUUCCGUCUCAAAUCAAUUCCUCUUAUGUCAGCCAAGCUUUAUCAGGCAUCUUAUGCCUGCAAAAUUGACAUCAGAUCAGCCUUUUUCUCUAUCCCCCUCUCGAGCAGUGUGAGAAAAUUCUUCGGCUUCAAAUUUAAUAAUAGCAACUUUCGAUACAAAGUAUUGCCCAUGGGCGCGUCCUUUAGCCCUUACUGCCUCCAAUCAAUUAUCCUGGAUGCCUGCGCCAAGACUGUCAAGAAGGCCAACUACAACGUAUACCUUGAUGACAUCCUAAUAUACGGGCCCAACGAGAACGACGUCAAAUGGUCUACACGAUCACUGCGCUGCACCCUGGAAGGAUGGGGCUUACAAAUAGCACCUGAGAAAUCAGUACUCGACCCUACACCUCAAAUUACCUAUCUGGGGGUCUCCAUCGAUCUAACCAGCAAAACAGUCUCAGCAGAUACAGGUACGAGAAGAAGACUCCACAAAUGCCUGGAGGUCUUUCGGCGACAUUCCUACCAACAUCUCGAGAUAGGGGUACAACUAGCGGCCAGAGUCCUAGGGGUCGUAAACCACUACGCCUACACUAUAACCGGUAUGUCGAGACUCUUCUCCCCAUACUACGUUACGAUGAACAGCGAGCAGCUGGGCCCCAUAGUGGACACCUUCCUGGAUUUAACGAAAGCGCGACUGAUCAUCGACGCAUUAGCAACCCCCUUGCCUCUUCACUACUAUGCCAACUCACCGGUAUAUGUCGACGCAUCCAACUCCCACAUGGGUAUUAACUUCUGGGAGACCGACAACCUCUCGGUAGCAUACAGUGAAGCAUGCCUCCUAUUCAACAUCCCCGUCCAUGCGAUUUCCCACAUCAAUGGCAAAGAGAUCCUCGCAGUAGGAAUGGGAGCCAUCAUGGCAAUCCACCGAAAUAAUGAGCAUCCUAUGAUUUUUACGGACUCAUCGGUAGCCUACUUUACCUUCAGAAAGGAAGGGUCACGGUCACCUUCGCUAGAGAUCAUCAUCACACAAAUCAUGAUCAAGCUAGGUUUGCUAAACUUUACCGCCAUAUCGCAGAAUAUACAAUGGAUUCCGACGGAGGAUAACCCUGCCGACCUCCCAUCAAGGACCUGGAUGGCACCAAGAAGACACCUUGGACUUUAG